GAAGAAACGCUAAGAUCAAAAAUGGCAAAGCCCAAGGGAGAGAGGAAAGGCAAAUCUGCCAUCAAUGAAGUAGUUACACGUGAAUACACUGUAAAUUUACACAAACGUCUCCAUGGAGUCGGUUUCAAGAGGCGAGCUCCCCGUGCGAUCAAGGAAAUCAGAAAGUUCGCUGAAGUUCAAAUGGGAACUCCUGAUGUCCGAGUAGACACUCGCCUGAACAAGUACCUUUGGUCCAAGGGAGUUAGAAAUGUCCCCUUCCGCGUCCGAGUGAGGUUGUCUCGCAGACGCAAUGACGAUGAGGACUCCGCCAACAAACUGUUCACCCUGGUGACCUACGUGCCCGUCGCAUCCAUCAAGGGUCUGCAGACUGAGAAUGUUGACGCUAGCCAAGAAUAAACAUAAGCAUAAAAAUU